AUGUAUGGCUGGUGGCACUCACUAGCUGUGGUUACACUGCUGGCUCCUACGGUCUACACGGCCAACAUCAUCCCCAAGAAUGAGCGCUGUGUCACCGCAGUCUAUACCGCUCUCAACUACGUCUCCUUCAUAGGAGAGCCAAAGGCCGGGUUAUGGCUAGCAAGAUGCCAAAAUUCACUCAAAGUCACUUCGAUCUAUGCAGGCGCCGAAAUAUACUGCGAUGAGAAGGAGAGGGCGGCUGGUUUCGCACAAUUAAACACAUUAUGCCAGGAAAGCGCAAAUGUCGGGUUGAUUCCCAGGCAGAAUGUGGCGGAAAAUCUCACGAAGGAGAGCAUAGAGCAGAUGAGAAGAGUUGAAUUCGGCGAAGUUCCUCGUAAUGGGCAGCUUGAUUACCCGGUGUUGCUGUCUACAGCAUAUUACAACCGCACCUUUCGUACCAUUGUGGGUUUUCUCAGAACCCUAGCUCAAACACAACAAGGAUGCGAAAAGAAAGAGAGCUGA